AUGAUAGCUAGAGGUGAAUUGGCAGAUUAUCUCAUGACAAAGGAGUAUGUGAAGCCCCGUGAACUCAACCCUCAGAAAGUAGAGGGUAAUCAAACAAAAGUCAUUCACGCAAUACAUGGCAGAUCUGAAGAUGAUCAAGAAUCUAAGGUGGUAUUCAGAUCCAGAUUGAGAGCAGCCCAUAAGCUCAGAAAGAUAUCCUCAGUCAAUGCCAUCGUUUCGGGCAGCAUUAGUAUUGGAUUCGGCAAUGGCGACCUAUCCAAAGUUCAACUUCCCCACGAGUAUCAAUUGGUCAUCAGUCUCUUAGUGGCGAAUUGUGUGAUUAAGAGGGUUUUGAUAGACCCAGGGAGUAGUGCCAACAUCAUCACAAAGUCAAUUUUUGAGCAGCUCGAGAUCCCAUCAUCAUCAAUGUGA